AUGGCACCCACCGCAGUCGCAGACUUACUGCCAUCCACCGUCGGCUCUAAAUCAGUCCUGCCCAAGAAGGAAAAGGCGCACGUCCAUGGUAUGCAAGAUGUGAGACCUCUCGCAGCAAUCUCGCAUGGCGACAUCACUUUGCCUGGCAUCCCGACAUUUCCCUCGUUCGCCGAGAAGAGGCAAUGGCAAUUAGAGCACAUGGCCGCUGCCUUCAGGCACUGGUCGCGCGAAGGCUACGUGCUCGGCAUCUCAGGCCAUAUCUCGGUCAGAGAUCCAGAAUGGACCAACUGCAUCUGGUUGAACCCCCUAGGAAAGCACUUUGGUCUGCUUUGCGCUUCAGACAUGGUGCUUGUGAACCUGGAUGACGGAAAGGUAGUGGGAGGCAAUCGCAGCAAGCCUCCGAACGCGGCUGGCUUCCUGAUCCAUGCGCCCAUCCAUCGACGUAGAGCAGAUGCUCAUUCAGUCUGCCAUGCGCAUACCAAGUACGGCAAAGCUUGGUCAGUUUUCGGCAAGCCGUUGGAGAUGUUGACGCAGGAUACUUGCAAGUUCUACAAUGCACAUGCGUGUUACAAUCAAUAUGGAGGGGUUGUUCUGGCCGAGGAGGAAGGCGAGCGGAUAGCUGACGCGCUUGGCGACGGCAAGGGCGCUCUACUUCGCAACCACGGUCUGUUGACUGUGGGACAGACCGUUGACGAGGCCGCGUUCCUGUUUCUAUCGAUGGAAAAAGCCUGUGAAAAUCAACUAUUGGCAGAAGCUGCUGCGGCGAAUGGGCUGAAGAAGGUUCUCAUCACAGAUGAGGAGGCCGAGUACAACUUCAAGAUGGAGAGCGACUAUGAGACGUGUUACGCGGAAUUUCAAGCCUAUUAUGACUACGAGGAUUACCACCUGAAGGGCGAAUUCAAGCAGUGA